CUCCGCUCUGUUGUCAGUCCUCCACUAUUAGCCCGUCUUUCUUCCCUUUUUCUUACUGUAAAGCAUAAAAUUUUCAGAAUUAAUAAAUCACGAGUCGCGGUCAUGGAAGAAGAAGUUGAAACCCUUUGAAUUCAAUCCGUCAGCUGCGCCUGACUUUUGUCUUCCCCGUUGUGAUGACGAUGAUGCAGAGAUGGAGGAACAGAAAGCGAUCCCACUUCCCGUUAUUGGGGUUCAUCUUGCUCGUCUUCAUAGCUUGCUCCGUCCUCUUCAGUGAAAGAACCAUUCUCAUAAUCGAAAAGAACCCAUCAGAUUCAUCCCCAGAGAGCACUUUCACUUACAUCAACCCCAAUCUCGAACCCACCUCCGAUUACAUCCAAGAGUUAGAUAGGUUCAGCAGGUGCAACACUACUGGGGAGUACAGUGGGAAGAAAAUCAGGUGGGUCGGCCUGAAACCGGAAUCUGGCGGCGGCAGGAGGAAGAGGGAGAGUUUAGAGAGGUGUGAUGUGUUCUCUGGGAAAUGGGUCUUUGAUGAUGAAUCGUAUCCACUCUACAAUGAAUCAGACUGCCCUUACAUGUCUGACCAAUUGGCGUGUCACAAGCAUGGGAGGUCUGAUUUGGGGUAUCAGCAUUGGAGGUGGCAGCCUCAUAAUUGCAAUUUGAAGAGAUGGAAUGCAAUUGAAAUGUGGGAGAAACUGAGAGGGAAGAGGCUGAUGUUUGUUGGGGAUUCACUGAACAGAGGGCAGUGGAUAUCAAUGAUUUGUUUGUUACAGUCCGUGAUUCCAGCUGAGAAGAGAUCCAUCACUCCCAAUUCUCAGCUUACCAUUUUCAAGGCAGAGAACUACAAUGCCACCAUAGAGUUUCUGUGGGCUCCGCUGCUGGUUGAUUCAAACUCAGAUGACCCUGUGAAUCACAGAUUGGAUGAGAGGAUAAUACGACCAGAUUCGGUUCUAAAGCAUUCAGCGAAGUGGGAGCAUGCUGAUAUACUUGUGUUCAACACUUACUUGUGGUGGAGGCAAGGCCCUGUGAAGCUCUUAUGGAGCGAUCAAGAGAAUGCGUCUUGUGAAGAACUAGAUGGAUUAGGAGCUAUGGAGUUAGUCAUGCAGACUUGGGCAGACCGUCUAGCUUCUAAAUCCAAAUACCUUGACAAACAGAUAUUUUUUGUAACAAUGUCUCCAACACAUCUCUGGAGCAGAGAGUGGAAGGCUGGAAGUGAGGGGAACUGCUACGAUGAGAAAGCACCGAUUGACAAUGAAGGCUACUGGGGAAGUGGUUCCGAUCUACCCACAAUGAGAAUGGUUGAAAAUGUCCUGCGCAAGCUUGGAACAAGGGUUUCAGUUAUCAAUGUAACACAGCUUUCAGAGUAUCGAAAAGACGGACACCCUUCGAUAUACCGCAAGUUUUGGGAGACGCUACCCCCAGAACAGCUAGCUAACCCUCCUAGUUACUCCGACUGCAUACAUUGGUGCCUGCCUGGUGUGCCUGAUGUCUGGAAUGAAUUGCUCUUCCACUUCUUGUAGCCCUUGCUAAAUAACCAAAGAUUCACUUG